UUGAGCUUUUCUCUAUUUUGAAUGCACUUCCAGGAAAUUUACUUUCAGAAAACAAGAGAUGAAUUUAGAACGCGACUGACAGAAUGUGAAAUUCAGUCGUAAGAUUGUUUACUUUGUAAAGGAAUUAUAAAUUUUAAAUGAAUGAGAGAGCAUAGAAUUCAUGUGGCAUUUCUGAAUUACCAGAAUUACCAAAAAGAAGCAAAUAACAUCAAUGGGGAAUCAUGGCAGUAGUUUAAGACAAUCUGGUGGUAUGUAUAUGAGGGGGAUUGGAAAUGACCAGUACCAGUCAGUUAACAUAAAACUACACGGAAUAAAAACUGAUAACUACAAUGUACCAACGGAGGAGUUCUCACUUCCUGUACAAGAUCUGUGUUACAAGCUGCUUCAAGACAGAUAUCCCAGCGAAACUAUUGGACCAGCAGCAAUACAUCUAUUUGGUUUGGCCUGUUUUGAUCAGGACAGGAAAACUUGUACAUGGCUAAAUCCAAGAAAGAGUCUGAGUGACAGUAUGAAAGAUGGAUUCCGAGGACUAAAUAAUUUAUAUCUUCGAAUAAGAUUCUUGCCUGUAAAGAGUCAGUUACAAGGACAUAUCAUACAGAGUUUAUGUUAUGACAAAGACCUUUGUCCAAAUCAUGUCAAUUACUUGGUUCAUUAUCUCUUCUUCCAAGUGAAAAACGACUUUGUUUCGGACAGAUUGAAUACUUUUUAUGGUGAGCUUGUGCAAUCCAGCAAAGCAAGAGGAAAUGCAGUAUUAGACUUACUUAUCAUGUCCAGACUUUAUGGUCUUGAAUCUCCGGAAAAUGUAUUUGAUCAUAUCGAUCAUGAAAAAAAUUCAAAUUGUUGUUGUUAUUUCGGCAAAAUGAAUGGAAUUGAUUCCAGUUUGAAUCAUGUGUUACCUAGUAGAGAGCGAAACAACUGUUGGAAGGAUUAUAAACUGGAAAAAAACAUGAAGGCAACAUUAACAGCAUACAGCAAGGAAAAUCGUGCUGCGACAACAGUUGAUUUGAUGGUACAUUAUAUCCAAGAACUAAUGAUGGACGUUAGAGAGAGAUAUAUUUCAAAAAGGGCUGAAAUGGAUGGAAAAGUGGAAAUUACAGUCAAUACUCAAAACGGUUUUGGUGUUUUUAUUAGAGAGCAAUCAGAUCGCAGUGUUCCAUCUUUAUUCUGUUCAAUUGAAGAGCUCCAGUCGAUUGAUAUACAUCAUGAUAACUAUAUGAUGGCAGACAAGAAAACUGGAAAUAACAACAUGAAUAAAUCCUGGACUGUAAGAGUCCACAGAAAUAAUGGUACACCACUGAUGUUGAUUUUUGACACAGUGGAAACAGCAGAAUCCUUCAUUUCUGGCUUAGAUGGUUACUACAGAGUUAUACACAACUACCAUCGUUUACUUUGUGACCAGGUGGCGCCACAUUCACUCAAACAACUUGCCAACCUGAAAUCUCAUGGACCUAUAAGUGAAAAGCUUGCAGUAGAAAAACUAAAGAAAUCUGACCAUGAAUUUUUUAUUGUGAAACAAGAUAUUCAUAGACAGGACAAGUUUGCUAUUGUCUACUCAAAUGAAGGACAAAUCAGGACAAAGUAUUUUCUUAGAGACGAUGAAAAGUUCUUCGUGGAAGGAGAUACAUCACAAUCAUACAACACAACAAGGGAACUUUUCCAGGCUUUAUCAGAGAGUGGUAUUCUGGCAAAGAAUCCUAUAAUAGUUAGACCAAAUAAUGAAUGUUGUGAAGUUUUAAAGAAUUUGUUUGUUAACCCAUUGGAUACGCCCAAUACAGAUGAUGAAGAUUCUGGUGUUAUUGCAAAGAAAAAACAGCCUUCAGUCUACAUGCAGGGUGACAUCAUGACAGAUGAAAAAUUAGGCAAUGGUUAUUUUACUGAAGUGUACAAAGGUCGAGUGAGAGGAAGUGACAAGUUUAUAGCUAUAAAACAGAUCAGACACCACCGACCCGAAGAAAGAAAUCAGGAGUUUCGGUGCUAUGAGUCACUACAAAUGGGAAUUUGUCAACAGCUAGGAUUUGAAGAUACCAGAUUUUUCGUUGGUAUCCAGGGUAUUUGUUUGACAUCACCACCUCAAGUUCUAGAGGAGUAUGCACAGUAUGGCUCCCUUACAAAGUUCUUUACCAUGGGAAAGCCUUUUACAUUACAACAUUUUAUCUACGUAGCGAUACAGCUGGCUGAGGCUUUACUAUACAUGGAUGAGAAAGGUUUGCAUCAUGGGAGUAUAUGUUGUAAGAAUGUGAUGGUGUUUAAAUAUGAUGCUGGAGAUAUUUUCAUCAAGCUAGCUGAUAGCGGAAUGUUAAAUAUAUAUAACAAGCUUCCAAUUGGUCAUCCACUCAAUGUACAAAGACUUCCAUGGAUUGCACCAGAGUUAUUUAAAGAUAUGUUAAAGACAACAAUUGCCUGUGAUGUUUAUGCCUUCAGUACAACGUUAUGGGAAUGUGCUACGUUAGGAAGAAGUCCGUUGGAAGUACAGCCCCUCAAAGAUUUCAAUCUUGAAAGUGAUAAGAUUCAAGAAUUUUACCUUAGUGGAAAAACUAUUGAUUUUCCUGAAGACUUGAUCACCAAACGUGAUGAUGGAAGGGUCAGACCAGCAACUUCAUCUGAUAACUCCAAUUAUAACGGAAAUACCAACACUUCUAACGUUAUUGAUAACAGAGACUCCAAUGAUGUCAAUUCCAAAAACUGUGCGGAGAAUGAAAGUGAAGCCAAAUUGCCUGAUUACUCCAAGGUUAAUGACGGGCAGAGAACCAGUAGUACAUUAGAAUCUCCUGAAGAGCAUAUUUAUAGUACAGGAUAUAGCAGUGCCAGUAGCACUGAUAGAAAUGUCAAGAUUAAGAGAACUGUCACAGACAUUAUGGCAAAAUGUUGGGCAAAAGCAGAGGAAAGAAUAGAAACAAAUAUAAUUCUCCGAGAUCUGAGAGCUGUACAUGGUGCUUAUGUGGACCAUGAGUACCAUCGUGAAUAUUCAGAGAUUAAUGAAAGUGAUUUAGAAUCAUUUACUCCCUCACCAGACCAGUUAGCAAGAUCCUCGAUGGUAGAAAUUCCCAACAUACAGAAGUAUUUAGAAUGCGACAGCAAUACACAUUGGCCAGCUGAAGAUAUGAGAGUUAAUUUAAAGUCUCAACAGAUAUCACCACAGUCUGCAGGAAGGAGAGGUUUCACUGAGCCAUGUCGUGACAAACUCUUUCGCAGUAACAAACUCCUAGAUUUUAAAUUCCUGAUUGACAGCAAGCGGCUGAAACUUCAAGUAGGAAAAAUUGGAGCUGGACAUUAUGGAGAAGUUAAAAAAGGCUAUCUGAUUACAAGUGCCCAGGACACAUCAUCACAAAAACAACAGGUGGCAGUCAAGAUUUUGAAGGAUAGUCGUUAUCAGUCUGUCAUGGAGAAUGAUGAAUUUAGAAACGAGGCUGAACUAAUGUCAGCACUGCGACAUGAAAAUAUUGUUCGUUUUAUAGGCGUCAGUGACAACAUGCUUGUAAUGGAGUAUAUAGAGAAAGGAUGUAUGAGAGAUUACCUGAAGAAGAAAAAGAAAGAGAAAAAUAUGUUGUCUGUCACUAAAAUAUUAAGGAUAUGUGCUGAUAUAGCUGAUGGAAUGGCAUACUUAGCCUCUAAAAGAAUUUUACACUGUGACCUGGCAGCCAGAAAUGUUCUCUUGAGUUCAGAUAUUCGAGCCAAAAUAUCAGACUUUGGAUUGGCCAAAUUGCUAGAUAAAGAAAAAGAUUACUAUAGAAGAUCAGAAAAUAAGAAUUUACCCGCUUGGUGGUGUUCGCCUGAGGCACUCACUUUUCGUAAAUUUUCCCCAAAAGCUGAUGUCUGGAGUUAUGGUGUUGUUUUAUGGGAAGGGUUUACUCACAGCGAUUCACCAAAAGUUUGUCCAGAUGUCAAACAUCUUUUGUCCUCAAUCAAUGCAGGAAAGCGUCUGCCAAAGCCUGAUCUCUGUCCCGAGGAUGUUUAUUCAUUUAUGAAUCUCUGUUGGAAGCAUAAGCCUGAAGAUCGACCAGAAUUUAGUGAGGUCAAUAAACGCUGCAGUGAAUUGAUCUAUAUACAUCAACAGAAUAGAGAAGAAGCAGUGGUAUAUAAAAGAGAAACAGUGUCAUCAAAUAGUCAGUCACAAUCAUCUUCUCGGAACACAGAGUCUAAUUCAAGCCAAUCAGAUAGAAGCUCUCAGAGAGUUAUGUCUGAUUCUUCCAACCAAUCGGAAGAACUUGCAGAAGCAAAGGAAGUGAAUUUAGAACAAGAAGACAAAAGACAGGAAACUAUUAAUAACAUAAGUCAAGCAAAACUUUUGAAUAAAAAACUGAUUGACAAUGCACUAAAAGACACCAACAGUUCUGAUGAAAAAAAUCAAAAUAUACCAGAACCCAUAACUCACUCACCAGAAACUAGAACAAGGACUGUGAGUCAUAAUUCUAAAGCACCACUCAGUCCAAGUAAUCCAAAGUCAGCAAUACCUUGCCGACAGACCGGACCUGUCAGUGCUAGCCCAAGUCCACCAAGACCAACAGUUCUUGUCCAUCAGACAGGAGUGGUAGGAACGUCAUUGCCACCGACACCCCCGGUACUGACACCAUCAGCAACCAUUCCUCUGAACUAUUUGUUGGAUAAAAAAUUUAUUCAAUACAAUCAUAUGAACAUACUUGGUGCUGGAAAUUUUGGUGUGGUGUUCAAAGGUACUUUAAGAAAGAAUGGUCGGGAUAUAAAUGUGGCGAUAAAAACUUUAAAAGAAAAUAGUGUAAAUAGCAAGGAAGAAAUUGAGACAGAAGUGAAAAUACUGGAAGAUCUUGACCAUCCAAAUAUCGUCAAGUUUUAUGGCUUCUGCAGGACAGACUGUUUACUGGUGAUGGAAUUGGUUGACAAUGGAUCAAUCAUUAAAUUUUUACAGAAAUGUAAAUAUGAGAAACAAGAUUUAGAAACCAAAAAACUUCUAAAUUUAUGUCUUGGUAUUGCUGAGGGAAUGAAGUAUUUAUCAGAGAGAAACAUUAUACACUGUGAUUUAGCUGGCAGGAAUGUGCUAUUGACCAAAGAUCUUACAACCAAGAUAUCAGAUUUUGGGUUGGCCAAAUUACUGCAGGAGAAGGCUUAUUACAGACGAUCAGGAGAUAAGAAAAUGAAUGUUCACUGGUGUUCUCCAGAAUUUUUUCAAGAAAGAAAACUCUCGACUCAGUCAGAUGUAUGGAGCUAUGGAAUAGUUUUGUGGGAGAUAUUUUCGUACGGGAAACAUCCAAACAUAUGUCGAACAGAAGGCACUGAGAUGAAUAAUAUUGCAAUGUACAUAAUAAAGAAGGGAUGUCAUUUAGAUAAGCCAGAACAAUGCCCUGAUCAUGUAUAUCUAUUGAUGAAAGAUUGUUGGGAUAUGGAACCAAAACGUCGGCCAAGUUUUUCAGGAUUAGUUGAAAAGUUUCAAUCGUACCUUAGGCCAGUGAAUGACAUCUAAACGGAAGUAAAAAAACAACAUGGACAGAUACAAGGAACACAAAGAACCUAGACAUUUAUACAUAGGACAGAUACAAGGAAGACAAAGAACCAAGACAUUUAUACAUAGAUAGGAGAAAAUCAAGUUUGUUGUCAAGGCAACAACUUUCUAGUCCAAAAGUUUGAUUAUCUGUAUGGUAUAUUUGUAGGUUGUUAAAAUUUCUUUCUUGUUUCGUGUGAGAAAAAAAAAUAAAAGAUAUUUUUUUAAUUAUAAAUCUUAUUUCAAAUCUGGUUUUUCAUUUUACAUUUAUACAAAAAAUCAUUGUUUUGGAAUCUCCAGAUUGAGGUCAUAAGACAUAUUUAUUUCCAAUCAGAAUAUCUGUUAAGAAGAUGUUGUUUUAAAAGCAUCUUUACCACAAUGUACCACUAGCUUUGUUCUAAAAGCAUCAAACAGUUGAAAUUUUAUCUUUAUUUAUUGAACAAAUUCAAUAUGAUGUAAUAUAUUCAUCUUUCUAAAUAUGCAUGAAAAAUUUACUACUUAACAUUAAUUCUAACAUGACGUUCUUCAAACGCUUUG